CUUUACAGAUUUGCACACACGUGUAACUACUGCCUGGAGAAAGAGAGUGGGGCUCAUCACCAUUGCUCCUUUGGGACGAUGGAAUCCCUGUUCUGUUCUAGAACUUCAUGUCAGCAGAGUUACACAGUAUGUUUUAUUUGUGUAAGGCUUCUUGAGCUCUACAUAAAGUUUUCAAGAUUCAUCCAUGGGGCUGCAGACACCAGUGGUUGGCUUGUUUUCUCACUGCUGAGUGAUAUCCCAUGGGGUGAGUGACCCACUCAUUCUUUUUCUGUUCCCUUCUUGAUGGAUAUUUGCAUUUGUUUCCAGGUUUUGAUCAUAUUAAAAAGUAAGUCUGAUUGUAUCCUCUCCCUGUCCCGGGAGAUUGAGACCCUCUUAAGAUUUAUCCACUCUUCUCAGAAUUCACUGAAAUCUCUUCACAGGGCCUGUAAUGAUGUGGCCGUUCUAGCCCCUGCCUGGCUUUUCGGCCUCAGUGUCUACCUUCCUCUUCUUUGUCCUCUGAGUUCCCUCUGCUUUGUAAGGGAGCUCUGUACACCCCCCCACCCCCGCCUUUGAACCACAGCUUAAACGACACUUUCUGGCAAGCUUCACUGACCAACCAGCCCCCACCCCUAGACUCCAUACCUCCUCAGAGCUCCCUACACUUUUCCCUUCAUUGUUCCAGUUGCGUAUAACAGUUUGUGUGAUUACUUAAUUAAUAUCUGUCUCCCCCAUCAGACAGUGAGCUCCAUGAGGACAGGCACCGGUUCGGUCUUAACCUCCAACAGUCGCCCAAACCAAAGCUUGCCCACGGUUAGGUACUCAUUACAUAUUUCUGGAGUGCUGCAUGUCGAGUAGACCCUUUUCCCAUUCUGAGCCUCAGUGCUUUUCCCUCUCCUGUCACCCCCCCAAACACAGACUUUCUCCUGGGAACUGUCAGGGAACCUUGACUCCCCCCCCCCCUUCCCUCUUCAGCAGCUGUGGGUGACGCACCCAGGGGCGGGCGCCCCGCCCCACUGCGGACGCUGAUUUGGCCUGGUUGGGCAAGGCCAGGGUUGCCUGGGGGGAGGUUACUCAUCCCGGGCUCAGGUAAGAGGGCCCAGGUUGGGAGGCGGCACACCCAGGGGGAACGCUGAGGGAGCAGGACGGAGCCAUGGACCCUGCCAGGAAAGCAGGCGCCCAGGCAGUGAUCCGGACUACGGGCUGGCUGGUCCUGUUGAUGCUCCUUCUUGGAGGAGGAGCGCAGGCCCUGGAAUGCUACAGCUGCGUGCAGAAAGCAGAUGACGGAUGCUCUCCGCAGAAGACCAAGACAGUGAAGUGCGCGCCGGGCGUGGACGUCUGCACAGAGGCCAUGGGGGCGGUGGAGACCAUCCACGGGCAGUUCUCCGUGGCAGUGCGGGGCUGCGGUUCGGGACUCACGGGCAAGAAUGACCGCGGCCUGGACCUUCACGGGCUACUGGCCUUCAUCCAGCUGCAGCAGUGCUCCCAGGACCGCUGCAACACCAAACUCAACCUCACGUCCCGAGCGCUGAACCCCGCAGGCAAUGAGAGUGCGUACCAGCCCAACGGUGCCGAGUGCUACAGCUGCGUGGGGCUGAGCCGCGAGGCGUGCCAGGGUACGGCGCCGCCUGUCGUGAGCUGCUACAACGCCAGCGACCGCGUCUACAAGGGCUGCUUCGACGGUAACGUCACCCUGACGGCAGCAAAUGUGACUGUAACCUUGCCUGUUCGGGGCUGUGUCCAGGACGAGUUCUGCACCCGGGAUGUGGUGACAGGCCCAGGGUUCACACUCAGUGGCUCCUGCUGCCAGGGGUCCCGCUGUAACUCGGAUCUCCACAACAAGACCUUUUUCUCUCCUCGAAUCCCACCCCUUGUUCUGCUGCCCGCUCCUAAGCCCACCACUCUGGCCACAACCACCUCCGUCACUACUUCUACCCCAGCCCCAACCACACUCGUCUCUACCAGCAAGCCCACCUCAGCCCCAGCCAGCCAGACUUCUCCACAGGAAGUACAUCCAGAGACCUCCCGGAAAGAGGAAUCUAGCUUGGCUGGAGGCGCCCCUGGCCACCAGGACCGAAGUAAUAUGGGGCAUCACCCUACAAAAGGUGUGGCCUAUAGUAAAGGCUCUGUGACUCCCUUCAUUGGGCUGGUGGUCCCUCUGUUGGCUGUGGCUGCUGGCAACUUACUCUGAGUUUUUCCAUCUAGAAACCAUCUUGCCCUACUCCCUGGCCCUGGGCGCCCUCUCUUCUCACUACUUCCCUUUCCCGGACUGGACUGGGCUGGCCCAGCCCCCGUUCUUCCAAUCUUCCCCACUCUCCCCAGCUUCUGCUGCACUGGUUUGCGGCUUUGGGAAAUAAAGUUACCGUUGUCUAUAUCCUGCCAGGGUGUCGCAGCUUUUUGAAGGCAGCAAAUGCAUCUCCCUCAUCUCUGUCUCUCUUUCCUGUCCUCAUGGUGCCUAGGACCGAGAAAAGUCAGGACUGUCUUAGGGAAAAUGGGAGAAACAAUGAUAAGCUUCCUCUUUGCCUUCUUACAGCCAAUCUGGAAUAUGGGGGGUAGAGCAGGGUACUCAUGUGUUCCUCUGUUUGGCUGCUGCCCCUGCCCCCCAUCUCUGUGGCAAUCGUUUGGGCGUCUGACAUCCUUACUAGACUGUGAGCUCCUCAAGGGCAGGGACUGGUCCGUGCCUUAUGCCCCUGUGUGAUCAGCUUCUGGCACAGAAAGGUCUC